AUGAAUUUUACCAAUGCACCUGCCCGCCUCCCGCCGCUGUUGCUGCGCGGUUUCAACAUCCGUGCUAGUGCUGCCGCGGUCCGGUCCAGAACCAUGGUUCGAACCGGACUUUUGGUCCAGUUCUCCGUGGUUCGCCAGCCAGAACCGGACCGGAAAACGGUUCUCGGUUCUAGAUCUUCCCAAACGGUCCAGUUCUGGUUCGACCUUCCUGAACCAUUUCCGAACCCCGAACCCAUUGUCGACUUCGACUUCAACUAUGAUGACGUCAAAGUGUUGUCUUCUGGAUUUGCACUAUUGGUUAAUUAG